GAGCCCGAUGUGCAAAGCUUGACUCUCUCUACCCAAAGAGCUGCGAAAGACACAGCUUUUGAUGCUCGUUCCACCGGUCAUGUUGAGAUCGAGACUCUCUCAUGUCUGCGCAGGGGGUUCGCGCACGCGGCAGGGCUGGCAAGGGUCUCGAGUCCACCGCGGUGAUGGGAUCGCUCCUGUCAUUUGCGGCCGAGACGAUGGUCGGUAGCCCUGCUGACCCCUUUGACAAACUCUGCCGUGAGGAUUGCGGCGUGGACGUGCAUGAAGCUGACGUGCCGUGCCGUGUACACACAUCGCACAAACUGGGCGGACUGUCAAGCCACGAUCAAAUUUUGGACGGACUCGAAGCAUCAAUCAGAAGAGUCAAUAGUGCGUGCAUCCUUUGGUGUGCGCUAACCAGUGAUAGGGCAUGCAUCGCUGCUGGUACAGUACCGUAGCUCUCAUCGCUUCGAAAAGACUUUCUAAAUCGGUUCGGGAGGAGAAAUGCAUGACGAGGACGCUAGAGGAGCGUG